UUUUACGAAUGCAAUGAUACAGCGGUUAUGCGGGAAAAGAUUACUUUUGUUGUAUCUUGCUUUUAAUUUUAAAUAUGUAUUUUUGUUUAUUUUUGACAAACAUUGCUAUUCAAUUCAGCUAGCUCACCUUGAUCACAACAAUGCAUUACUGAGUGAGGACUUCGAGUCCUCUCUGCUGAGUUUUGAAAAACUUGACCGGGCUUCACCUGACCUGUGGCCGGAGCAGUUACCGGGUGUUUCAGAAUUUGCUGCAUCCUUCAAAAAUCCUAUCACAAAUUCUCCACCCAAGUGGAUGGCUGAACUGGAGUCAGAAGAUAUUGAAAUGUUGAAAGAAUUAGGAAGUCUGACCACAGCAAAUCUGAUGGAGAAGGUGAAGGGACUGCAGAAUCUGGCUUAUCAGUUGGGCUUGGAGGAGUCCCGAGAAAUGACGAGAGGGAAAUUCCUGAACAUCUUGGAGAGACCCAAAAAGUGAAGACCCAGAUGGUGACCGCUGACCUGUCGGGUCAGCUACCACUUGAUUGUGAUCUUGUAAGGCAGAAAACAGUAGCAUGAUACAUUAGCUUUUAAAUGCUUUCACUAAGAUUUGACUGCUUUGAGGUCAAAACAUCACAACAAGCAAUGCACCAUUUUUGUAUAUAUGUUCGCAAAACGUUCUUUAAAUGACAGGUGCUGAGUAGAAAGGGUAGGAUAGUGGAGUGCUAUUCAUUGUUCAUAAAUGUAUUUAUUUUUCACUCUGCUGUGUUUAAUACAGUUUAAUACAACUUCAAUUGUUUUAAUAAAAUGUCAGUGUUGUUUAAAUGAA